AGAAAAGAAAAGGUACAUAAAAGAGAGUCAAUUUUGCUCUGCCUUCAGUGAUUGACAAUAAACAAAAAACAGCUUUACUUGUCAUCUAAAGCCCUUCUAUUUAUGCUUAUCAAGAGAGGAAAAGAAAAAACCCAUCUUUUGUAUCACUUCUUUGAUCUAUAUAAAUACCCAUCCAAAGAUUUUCACUAUCCAGUUUCCCGUUUCCCACAGGGAUUGUUCGGGGCUGUCAGAGCUGAGGAGUACAACCUGCUGAAUAGCCAUGGAUCAAAAUAUUGCUAUUGAAGAGAAAGAAUGUUUACGAACUGGCCUUGAGUUGGUGAAAUCUGCAUCUGACAAGCAUAUUGAUCUUCUCAGGCCAUCUGCUCGGUACUAUUCGGCUUCCAAAGGGCAAGCCCCAGAUGGCGCAGAUCGAGAAAAGGGGAAGUAUACCCUUCUUAGAGAUUCUGAGGACUUCCAAAUCGGGAUUUAUGACAAACCCCUUCCCUGCUUCGGUUGUGGUGUAGGAUGGUUUUCUUUUCUUUUAGGGUUCGCGUUCCCAUUGAUGUGGUACUAUGCCACAUUUCUUUACUUUGGGAACUAUUACCGCAAGGAUCCUAGGGAGCGAGCAGGCCUUGCUGCAGCUGCCAUUGCUGCAAUGGCAUUUUCUGUCCUGUUGAUGAUCAUAAUAGCUUAUACAGCCCUCUUUUAGCCCAGCACUUCACUUGCAAGUCUGCUCUUAACCGCAUACAUGUUAAAACAAGACGCUAUCUGUCUGGAAGAAAUUGCCUAUGCAAUGUAGAUAAGAAAGUUCUAGCAGAAGGCCAUCAAGAAGAAAUUAUUGCAAGAUUGUUCAUCGACAGUUGGAGAUAUACCUACACUUCACAAACAAACAAAAACCUGAAACUUCAUUCCACGUUGUUUGGUUGAACCUGUGGCUUUGUAGUGCUAGGGAACAUCGUCAAUUAGCAUUUAUACAAAGUGUUGUAGCAUUUAUAUUUGAGGCUUUGUUAAUAUGUGAAUAAUCUAUUAUGAGUUUACAGAUCAAAUAGGUUUAUUUGUUGUCACAGGACUGGAUUUUCCAUCAAUGCUAUUUUGAAACGGAUUUUCAAACACUUA